AUGGCCGCCAGAUCGCUGAACCGGCUUUCCCGGGGCUCGCUGCUUAAAUUGGUGCGGCUAUGGCUUGACGAUAGCAGUCGCUGUUCACCUUACCUUCUCAAAAAUCGCAAGUUCUUCGAAGCCGACGAUGAAGACUACCUUUAUACCCCGGCCGAGGAUAUCACGGGCUUGUGUGAAAUCUACGCAAACCUGAAAGAGAAUGUCAAGGCGGGCACCAAGAAAGACAUAAUUGACCGAAUUGUUGAUGGCGAUUGGCGGAGAGGUUUAUCCCUGCAUCAACAUGCAAUGAUAGACAUGGCAUACCUGGAACAGAACGAUACUGCCCUCCGAUGGAGUGCCCUCCAGCUCGUUCCUUCGGAGCAGGAAGAUGCGAAGCUGGUAGAUUCGGGAAAUCUUCAUGACAGGAGGAGAGGACGCAAGUUGAACGAAUUCGACUCGGGUCGCAAAUAUCCUCAAGUCUCCGUACCCGCAUUUCUAGCGGCGCUAAGGGCAGAGAUCUCACCACUCGUCAAGGCCCAUUAUCACUUGCAUCGAUUACCUGCACCAUAUGAUCUCUCCAUCAUAAGACUCUACAUAAGCUCAACAACCACCUUCCGACCUUCUGGGAAGCAGAUACCUCGACGUGCGAAACAUGCCACUGAUGGAGGAAGAGUAAUGUACAUAGCACUUCCAGACAGCUGCCCGUACAUUUACAUCUCACUGUCCGGCUCUACAAGUUCACGAAACUCCAAAUCGAAGUUAACAUCCAAGGUCGACAUCGCGGCAAUGAAGAAGAUCGUCAUCGAAGCUAUACCCAAAGCUUUGUCACGACCACAGCAACGAUGGGCUCUUCAGACCACAAAACUUACCGCCAGAUCGUUACACAGUAUUGCUGCUCUUAGGGGAAGUUCCAACCCUGGUACAUGCGGUGGAGCCUACAGUGAAUUCUUUUCGACAGGCACUUCUUCGACGACUAGUCCUGUGGAUGUACAAGCUCGAGACCAAUCACAAGAAGAUGAGGGGACACGAUUGAUAGAGAAAAGAUUUGGCUCAAUGACUGGUACUCAUCAUGCAGCCUUGGAUCGCGUCCAUGUCAAGAUUGAGAAUGCUGCCAGCACCAAUGAGGGAGGUGACACAGCUAUGGAGGAUGACGAUCCACUUGCUAUCGGCUUGAAUUUCUCAGGCGCAGACGUUUUCUUCGGCUUAAAGAAACUUGCAGAACUGGGGAAUGAUCAUUUGGACUUGGAUAAAAUGCCUGCUUGGAUGACUGGCGAAUUGGGUAACAGCAGUUUCAAGGUCUGA